AUGGAUGAAAUUGGCCUCGACAUCAAGAAGGAGGAGCCUACCUUCGAGUCCGUGGUGGAAGAGAAGACCGCGCUCUUACAGGAGCUCGAGUCCGAAGAGGACUUGUACAUCAAGUACAAGAAACUUGCCCGCCACCUCGAGAUGCUCGACAUACAAGAGAGCUACAUCAAAGAUGAGCAGGCGAACCUCAAGCGCGAACUCAUUCGCGCCCAGGAGGAAGUGAAGCGCAUUCAAUCCGUUCCCCUCGUCAUCGGCCAGUUCUUGGAACCCAUUGACCAGCACACCGGUAUCGUUGGUUCGACAACCGGUUCGAACUAUGUCGUUCGCAUCCUGUCCACCCUUGACCGUGAACUCCUCAAACCGUCGUCGUCAGUGGCCCUCCACCGACACUCGAACGCCCUUGUGGAUAUCCUUCCGCCAGAAGCAGACUCCUCCAUUGCGAUGCUCGGGAAAGAGGAGAAGCCCGAUGUUACCUACCAGGAUAUUGGUGGCAUGGACACGCAGAAGCAGGAGAUCAGGGAGGCGGUGGAGCUUCCUCUCACCCACUUCGAUCUGUACAAGAAGAUUGGUAUUGACCCCCCUCGUGGCGUACUGCUCUAUGGGCCACCAGGUACUGGCAAAACCAUGCUUGUCAAGGCGGUAGCGCACCAUACAACAGCUUCGUUCAUCCGUGUGGUCGGCAGUGAGUUUGUUCAGAAAUACCUAGGAGAAGGUCCCCGCAUGGUCCGCGACGUCUUCCGCCUGGCACGGGAGAACGCACCCGCCAUCAUCUUCAUAGAUGAGAUCGACGCCAUCGCGACGAAGCGUUUCGACGCACAGACGGGUGCCGACCGUGAAGUGCAACGUAUCCUGCUAGAGCUGCUGAACCAGAUGGAUGGCUUCGACCAGGGCAGCAACGUGAAGGUCAUCAUGGCUACCAACCGAGCGGAUACUUUGGAUCCCGCAUUGCUUCGUCCUGGUCGACUCGACCGGAAGAUUGAGUUCCCUCUCCCAUCAAGACGAGAGAAACGUCUCAUCUUCCAGACUGUCACCAGUAAGAUGAACUUGGGGCCUGACGUUGAUCUGGAGGACUACGUCUCGCGACCAGAGCGACUAUCAUCCGCAGAAAUUACCUCCAUAGUACAAGCUGCUGGUUUGCAAGCUGUACGAAAGAAUCGUUACAUCGUUUUGCCUGGCGACUUUGAGGAGGCGUGGAAACAAAACGUCAAACGCGCCGACGAGACCUUGGACUUCUAUCGGUGA